AUGACUUGAUUGCAUGGUCAGGUCAAAGUGGGAUGGCAAAAAUUGAAUUGACGUGUCUCUAUUAUUUCAAUAAACAAGCAUCAGGGUAUUCUCCCCCUACUUCAGUCACCAUUGUAGGACCUCCACAACUCCAGGUGUCUCCUCAGCUCAUCAGUGAGACAGAUACAGUUCAUCUGAUCUGUCUGACACCUCAGUCCCCUCUUGUGUCUCAGUGCUUCUUCUUAGUGGGGGGAAAGCCUCUCGGUAAUCCAAUGCCAUCAUGCCAGCUACAGAGCACAGGGAAGGAUUUGAGCCACUGGGCUGGUGUGAGGCCACCUGCACAAAUGUCACUGAGUUGUUAUUAUACAGUUACAACUCCUCAACUGUCAUCUGACCCAUCUCAACCAGUCUCAAUUACUGUAGACUCUGGGAGAAGCUGGACUACAGUGAUAGUAAUCGUUGCAGUGAUCAUGUUUGUGGGAGGCCUGGUCGCCUCCUUUCUUUGCAUGAAAACCAGAAGAUGUGCAUUCAAAAGACCACGGGUAGAUGAUCCACAUGUUAGUCAUGGUAAUCUAAGUAUGGGAUCUAGGAGCACUACCACUGCUCCUAGUGUGAUGGGUGAUAUGGCAAUGGCAUCUAAAGACAUGGCAAUGCCAUCUACAGCAGCAGCCUCAGUUUUGUUGUGGGUUUCAGAAAUGACAGUGGGCCUGGAUCCUGAUCAUGAUUCUGUUGUGUACCAUGUGUACAGCUCUAUCCCUGAUGUCCCAAACAGCUCCAACCAUGAAGAGAGUCCCUACAGUCUAAUACCAGAAUAUACUCAUCUUCAGUAUACACAGGAGGAAAAUGACAUUUACAGUGUUGUGGAGAUGGACUGAUUUCAGUAUCUACACCUGACUAAUUGGUAAAGAAGAAAUCCGGUGAUUUUUCAAAUAGUUUUCUGUUUGUCGUGUUUAACGGAGUACUGUUGGUACGAAAAAAGGGUCAA